AUGCAAGACGCAUCGGCACAGAUGGCAAUCUUACAGUUCAUGCUCGCAGGAAUGCCCACCACCGCCGUCCCCUCCUCCAUCCACUGCGACCAUCUCAUCGUCGGCCACAAGGGCGCCGACCAAGACCUCGUCAACUCUAUCGAGAACAACAAGGAGAUCUUCAACUUCCUCCAAUCCGCUGCAGAGAAAUACGGCAUGUCCUUCUGGAAGCCCGGCAGUGGAAUCAUCCACCAGAUCGUCCUUGAGAACUAUGCUGCUCCCGGAUUGUUGAUGCUCGGCACAGAUAGUCAUACGCCUAAUGCUGGUGGACUGGGUGCGAUUGCUAUUGGUGUUGGUGGUGCAGAUGCUGUGGAUGCAAUGGCAAAUAUUCCUUGGGAGUUGAAGGCCCCAGAGGUUAUUGGAAUCAAGCUGACGGGCAAGUUGAAUGGGUGGACCUCUCCCAAGGAUGUUAUCUUGCACCUUGCCGGCAAACUCACCGUUCGCGGAGGAACGGGCCACAUCAUCGAGUACUUUGGACCAGGAAUCGACACUCUCUCCUGUACAGGAAUGGGUACCAUCUGCAACAUGGGAGCCGAGGUCGGAGCCACCACUUCGCUCUUCCCGUUUGUCAACAGUAUGUCCUCCUACCUCCACGCCACCGGCCGCGGACCCGUCGCCGAGGCCGCCCGUCAACACGCCAACUUCCUCAGGGCCGACGAGGGAGCACAGUAUGACAAGGUCAUCGAACUCAACUUGUCCGACCUCGAACCCCACAUCAACGGUCCUUUCACCCCAGAUCUCGCCACCCCUCUCUCCAAAUUCGCCGAUGUUGUCAGGAAGAACGGAUGGAAGGAUGAGGUCAAGGUUGGACUGAUUGGAAGUUGUACCAACAGCAGUUACGAGGAUAUGGAUCGUGUGACGAGUUUGGCCAAGCAAGCGGUCGAGAAGGGAAUCAAGUCCAAGGCUGGGUUCUUUAUUACCCCUGGUUCGGAGCAGAUUCGGGCGACGAUUGAGAGGGAUGGGCAGACUGGUGUUCUUGAGCAGGUCGGAGGUGUUGUUCUUGCCAAUGCGUGCGGGCCAUGCAUCGGUCAGUGGACGCGCGAUGACUUGAACGAUAAGGAGGAGAACGCCAUCUUGACCUCGUUCAACCGCAACUUCAAGAACCGUAACGACGGAAACGCCACCACCAUGAACUUCUUGACCUCUCCCGAGUUGGUGACUGCAAUGUCGUUGUCAGGAAAGCUCACCUUCAACCCCCUCACCGAUCCUCUGAUCGAUGCUUCGGGCAAGGAAUUCAUGCUCCAACCCCCCUACGGUGACAAUCUCCCCCAAAACGGUUUCAUCCCCGGAAACCUCUCCUACACUCCCCCCGACAUCUCCCACCCCAACUCUGCCAUCCAAAUCAACGUCGAUCCCAAAUCCUCCCGUCUCCAAGUCCUUGAACCUUUUGGUCCUGGACCCGUUGGUGAAUUCGAGGAUCUGCAGGUCAUGUUGAAGGUGAAGGGCAAAUGCACGACAGAUCAUAUUAGUGCGGCCGGCCCUUGGUUGAAGUAUAAGGGUCAUUUGGAGAAUAUUGCCCACAAUACCUUGAAUGGGGCUUUGAAUGCCGAUAAUGAGAAGGUGAAUGUUGUCCAGAAUGUUUUUACGGGCAAGGAGGGGGCUAUUCAUGAAGUUGGACGGGAGUACCAGGCUCUUGGCAAGCCUUGGAUCGUCGUUACUGAUCACAACUACGGUGAAGGAUCGGCACGCGAACACGCAGCCCUCCAAAUGCGUUACCUUGGCUGCCCCCUCAUCCUCGCUCGGUCCUUUGCCCGCAUCCAUCAAACAAACCUCAAGAAGCAAGGUGUCCUCCCCCUCACUUUCGCCGACCCAGCCGAUUGGGAAAAGAUGCACGGCGGAGAUGUCAUCGAGUCGACCGAGGGAGUUGCCGACUUGGUUGCUGGUCGUCCUGGAAAGAAUGAUACGCCCGAAGGAGGCGAGAUUCUGUUGAAUGUGAGGCGGCCUGAUGGAGAGAAGUAUGUCAUUAAGGCAUUGCAUACGAUGAGUAAGGAUCAGGUUGACUGGUUCCGUAAGGGAUCUGCACUUAACGCUGCUCGCAGCUAG